ACCCAAAACAUCAACAUUAGGUCAUAGACAUUAGACACUGGUUGAAACCGUUUCGUGAUCAAACAACAUACGAGAAACAAAAUGUCUGCAAUUAUCCUCAGAAACAUCUCAUUCACCGCACACCGUUUUCGUCUCUCUCAUCCCUUAAACUCUUCACUUCUCUCUCUCUCCAAACACACUUCGUUCUUCUCUUCUCGUAUCCCACAUACCCAUGAGAAUAAUCAACAACCACUAGAUGUAGAAGAGAUAAGCAACGAAGAGUUGAAGAGGCGUGUUGCAAGGCUUAAGGAAGGCGAUGAGGAAGCGAUACCAUCGGUGUUUGAGGCAAUAUUGCAAAGGUAUUUGACGGGGAAGCCUAUCGAAGCUGAUCAGGAUUUGAUGAGGGAAAUUCUAGGGAAGGGAGAAGAGUCAAAAGAUGAUGAUGAAGAAGAUGAAGAUGAAGAUGAAGAUGAGUUUGAUUCUGAUUUGGAAGGAUUGAGUGAUAGUGAUCUUGAAGAGGAAGAAAAUUUUGAUCUUGAUGUUAAAACAAGGAGUAGAGGCAAUGAAGAAAAGGCUAAGAGGAAGUGAUGAAUGAACUUGCAAUUGCAAUAGAAUAUAUCAAGCUAUAUUGUGAUUGUUUUUGUGCUUAUAGGUUGUAGAAGUUUUUACCUAUUGAUCACAUUUUUGUCAUUUGGUUAGAAAUUUUGGCAUAUUAUUACAAGUGUUUGUUUGGUUCAGUUUAGCAUAGGUGUUGCAAAAUAUAGAGCUAUUAUUUUACAAUGUUAAGAUCUUCUCUAGUUGUGUUUAUUUGAAAGCAAGUGAAUGUGGUUGCUCAUAAGCUAACUCAAGUGCCACUACUUUAGCUAGUCUUCAUAUUUUGCAUCUAUAUAUUCCAACUUGUAUUGAAUUUUUCAUUUA